UCGCCCGCCGCCAGAACCGCGAGCCUUCAGCGCGAGCGGCACCGUCCCAGCCUGCGCCCCGAUGCUGCGCGCCUUGCCCCGCGCCCUGCGCCUCCCGCGCCCCUGGAUGUCCCUGCGGGCCCGCGGCAGCGCCCCCGACCGGGAAGCCGGGGGCCCCGAGAUCCAAGUGCGCGCCCUAGCGGGUCCCGACCAAGGAAUCACUGAGAUUUUGAUGAACAGACCUCACACCCGCAAUGCCCUGGGGAAGGUCUUUGUCAGUGAGCUGCUGGAAGCUCUGGCUCGGCUGCGGGAAGACCGGCAAGUGCGUGUCCUGCUCUUCAGAAGUGGAGUAAAGGGUGUGUUCUGCGCAGGUGCAGACCUAAAGGAGCGGGAGCAGAUGAGUGAGGCAGAGGUGGGGGUCUUUGUCCAGCGACUCCGAGGCCUGAUGAAUGAGAUCGCGGCCUUCCCUGCACCCACCAUUGCAGCUAUGGAUGGGUUUGCCUUGGGUGGAGGCCUGGAGCUUGCCCUGGCCUGUGACCUCCGAGUGGCAGCUUCCUCGGCUGUCAUGGGGCUAAUUGAGACUACUCGAGGGCUCCUCCCAGGGGCUGGAGGGACUCAGAGGCUGCCCCGCUGCCUGGGUGUAGCCCUGGCAAAGGAGCUCAUCUUCACAGGCCGCCAACUGAGUGGGCUGCAGGCCCACGCAAUGGGGCUGGUGAAUCACGCUGUGGCCCAGAAUGAGGAGGGUGACGCCGCCUACCACCGGGCUCGAGCACUGGCCCAGGAGAUCCUGCCCCAGGCUCCCAUUGCUGUACGGCUGGGCAAAGUAGCCAUUGACCGAGGAAUAGAGGUGGACAUUGCAUCAGGGAUGGCCAUUGAAGGGAUGUGCUAUGCCCAGAACAUCCCAACCCGGGACCGGCUGGAGGGCAUGGCAGCCUUCAGGGAGAAGCGGCCCCCCAAAUUUGUUGGCAAGUGACCCCCAUUUAACCUAGAGCAUAUCCACGCCCUAAGGAGCAGGAUACAGAAGGAAAACUUGCAGCUGGACUGCCUUCAUAAUUUCACCUUUCUGAGCUUCAGUUUCUUCACAAGGAAGAUGAUGGGGCUAGAUAAGCACUGGGGUCAGGUUUGUUUCGGAGAAUGCCUGUCUCUCCCCACUCAAAUGAUAAACUAAGCUCUAUUAAAAUAGAUCCCCAUCUGGGUCUUUGUAUCAUUGGCUCUCAAGCCCUGACCUCUGCCUCUAAGUUAUCAGGCAUUCAUUAGAGAUAGCAAGAGGUUAUAAGAAACCCCCAGUUUCUUCCUCUGAGCCAGAGAUAAUAAAUCAACUCUAGUAUUGGUUAAGCAUGUGUCAGGAGCCAGAGUGCAGAUCCCAGCUCUCUGCCGGUAACUCACUGUGUAACCUUGGAAAAACUGUUUAACCUCUCUGGGCCUCAGCUUCUUCAUCUGCAAAAUGAAAUCAUU